AUGGGAAAGCCCACGGUCGACUACUCCCUCUACCUCGUCACAGACUCAACCCCCGCCAUCCUCGGCGAGCGGAACCUCGUCUCCGUCGUCGAGGCCGCUCUCAAGGGCGGCGUCACGCUCGUGCAGUACCGCGACAAGACGAGCGACACGCGCGUUCUUGUCGACACGGCGAGGGAGCUGCACGUUGUGACGAAAAAGUAUGGCGUGCCGUUGCUGAUCAACGAUCGCGUGGAUGUUGCGUUGGCUGUUGGGUGUGAGGGGGUUCACAUUGGACAGGAUGAUAUGGAUCUACCUACAGCCAGGAAACUCCUCGGCGACGACAAAAUCAUAGGCGUCUCUGCCUCCACCACCCAAGAAGCCCAAAAAGCCUGCGAUGAAGGCGCAGACUACCUAGGCAUCGGUACCAUCUUCUCAACCUCCACGUACUCUAUUUCCCCUCCCCCAUCCCCACAGACCACGAAAAAAAAGAACAAACUUGCUGACAUCCCCCCCAGCAAAUCCAACACCAAAAACAUCAUCGGCACCGCAGGCCUCCGCACCAUCCUCUCCUCCCUCGCGCAGACCCAUCCCACCACCCCGACCGUCUGCAUAGGCGGCCUCCACCCCCAUAACAUCCAGCGUGUGCUCUACCAAUCCGCCACGGACGGCAAGGCUCCCGACGGCGUGGCCCUCGUCAGCGCCAUCGUGGCGGCUGCUGACCCCGAAGCGGAAUCUCGCAGGCUCCUCGAGCUAGUGAGGACGCCGCCGGCGUUCGUGACGAGGAGCGCGGGUGCUGGUGAGAGGGUGGAAAGUGUUCGGGUGGUGCUUGACUUGGUGGGGGAGGUUGUUGGGGCUGUUGAUGGCGGGAAUCCUUUGUCGCAUAAUAUGACGAAUUUGGUUGUGCAAAACUUUGCGGCCAACGUUGCGCUUGCCGUGGGUGCCUCGCCCAUCAUGGCCAAUUAUGGCGAGGAAGCGGCGGACCUUGCCAAGUUAGGAGGCGCACUCGUCGUCAAUAUGGGGACUGUUACCCCCGAGGCGUUGGUGAACUACGAAAAGGCCUUGAGGGCGUAUAAUCUUGCGGGAGGACCGGUCGUCUACGAUCCCGUUGGCGCCGGAGCCACCGCGGUCCGCCGCAACGCCGUCAAAACCAUCAUGGGAUUAGGCUACCUCGACAUCAUCAAGGGCAACGAAGGCGAAAUCCUCACCGUCGCCUCCCUCACGGCCCCCGACUCCCCACAACAGCAGCAGCAGCAGCGCGGCGUAGACUCCUCGCACAAGCUCUCCGUCGCCGAAAAAGCAACCCUCGUAUCGACGCUAGCGCGCCGCGAGCGCAACAUCGUCGUCUGCACCGGCAAAACGGACGUAGUUUCCGACGGCACGAGGACCUUCGCCGUCUCCAACGGCCACGAGAUGCUGGGCAGGGUGACGGGGACGGGGUGCGUUCUCGGGACGACCAUCUCGGCGUUUGCGGCUGCGUACGGCGGGGAUAGGUUGGUCGCCGUGGUGGCGGCUUUGGUGGUUUUCGGGAUUGCUGGGGAGAGGGCGGCGGAGAGGGAGGGGGUUGUUGGCCCGGGGGGGUUCGUGCCGGCUUUUCUUGAUGAGUUGUUUAGGGUACGAAAGGAGACUGUUGCGGGGGAUUUGGAGUGGUUGAAGAGGACUAAGGUCGAGAAGUUGUGA